GGAGAAGGAGGAGGAGGGAAGUGAUAAGUGGCGGAGUGGAGAAGCUGGAACAGGCUAACAGCGAGCUGAAGAAUCCACCCAUAUGCCCGGUUAGGCGCUGAGAAAUUCAGCUGAAGAUUAGACUGAAAGUGUGUGAGGCGCUGGUGUUUGCGGCACGGCAGCGGGACGGACUGCGGGGGGAUUUGGGAAUAUGGACGAUGAGUACCAGUACACACGGAGCCCUGCCUGGGAAGAGCUGGUGAGUACAGCCUCACUGAUUUCCUCCCCGGAGUUAGGAGCAAAGCCCUGUCUCUGUUUCUCCACACAUUCUUAAUGACUGAUUAAGGUUGGUUAGUGUAACACUGGGAGGAGCUUUUGAUCUAAGAGCGUGCUUUGGGCUUCGAGCAGGGCUGAGAGAUCAGGCAGUAAAGUGAGCAGAGAGAAGGCUGCCGCUGGAAAGCUCUGCUUUUCCUGCUUUUGUUGCGAUCAGAGGAAGGGAGAGGAUGAUAGACGCGGAUAGCCUAAGUGCACUGAGAAAAGCGAACCUGAGCAGAUGUUUAGAUAAGCUUCUCUUCCAUUUUAAACACUUUCACAGCUCCAGCCCUUUAACUCGAGCGCUGUGAGACUGUUUAAAAAAGUCGAAGCCAAGUACGUUCAGAGAGUUUGAGGAUUUCAGUGGAGUGAAUGUUAUUUAACAUACAAGGGGGUUGGAGUGGAAUAGAACAGAAUGGAAGAGAAUAGAAUGGAGAAUAGAAUGGAAUAGAAAAUAUAAGAUGAAAGGACGGAAUAUAGAAGAGUACAGAAUAGAAGAGAAUAGAGGAGAGAAUAGAAAAGAAUACUGAAUAGAAUAGUACAGAAUGAUGUAAGCCAGAAUAUAAUAGAAUAAAAUAUAUAGAGAUUAAUAUGGAAUAGAGACUAGAAUAGAACCAAAUAGAAAAGAGUAAUAAAUAGAACAGAAUAUAGAAUACUACAUUAUAGAGUAGAAUAGAAUAGAAUAAAAAUAUGUAGAAUAAUAUGGAAUAGAGAACCUAGCAGUAUAGAAUAGAAUAGUAUAUUCAGGGAAAAAUACAUAUAAAAGAAUAGAAUAAAAAUGAUAUAGAACUGAAUAGAGAAUAGAAUAAAACAAUAGAAUGGUAUAAAAUGGCAUAGAAUAGAAUAGAAUAAAAAUGUAAUAUAGAAUAAUAUGGGAUAGAGAAUAGUACAGAAUAGAACAGAAAAAAUACAUAGAGUAGAAUAGAAAUGAUAUAGAUUUGAAUAGACAAUAGAAUUGAGAAUAGAAUGUUAUAGAAUGAUAUAGAAAAGCACAGAGUAAAAAAUGUGAUAUAGAAUAGAAUAUUGUCACGUGAUUGGUAGCCGAGACUCACAGCCAUUUAUUGUUAUUUAUUAUGAAUUAUGAACAAAUAAUGGAUGAUAGAAAUGUCACCUAUUCAAAUCUUUCCUUGUAUAGCCUACUUACACAGGACAAAGUUUAUUCUGUGACGUAAAUAAUUUCUUCACUCAUCACUGAAGCUAGUUUUAAGGAAAGACUACUUGAAUAAAAUAAUAAAUGCAUGCUUAUAUGGAUUUUUAUUCGCUUAUCUGUUAGAGCACAGUCUGAUUGACAGUGAUAGUUCUGGUGAAGGAAUACUCAGAACACACGUCAGACCUUGUCCCUCAUGAGGGAACCAUAAAAGCAGUGGAGCUCUGUAGAACUCUGAAGCUGAGCGUUUAUCAGAACUGUUUCAAAGUAAAAGCCUUCUAGCGUGAUAAGAACCCUUACAUUUCUAUAAAAUACACCUUGAGCACAAAUGUAUUGAACUAAAUCUAUAUCCAGAUGAAUAUCAAAUCAGUGUGAAUAAUGUAGUUUCACGCGACUGCACGAGUCUAUAAGACACAUUUUCCACUGUAGUUUAGUUUCUAUGGAGCGACCUGCUUCAGAGGUGUAUAGUAGACACAGCCUAGUGCCCUAAGUAGGCUGAGUAGAGAGACAUCUGUUGCAGUGUGAGUUUGAGCCACCGCUAGGGUCUGCUACAGAGAUUUCCUCCCGCUCUCUUGCUGUAAUAAUAACAAUAAUAGGAAUAAUAAUAAUGGAUCUGUGCCGUGUGGAGUCUCAGGCUGUGUGUAAGCACCAGCCGUGGCUUUAAAAACCCCCUCGACAGGGAGCGCUGCUUGCAGAAUGCCCACGGCGACAGUAUGCCUUUAUAGGACAGAGUGAGUAGGGUUGAGCUCAGUGCAUGGGGAGUAGGAAGAGAGGAGGAUGACGGCGAAGCGAGCCGCUGUGGAGCCCUUGUGCGGCUCUCCGUGGCUCGUGGAACGGAAGGGAGCGGCAGCGCGCGCUCACCGCGGUUCCGCUCUCCCGCACCAGGAGCCCCGCGGAGCAGCCGCCACGCAGCACAGCAGCGCGGGGUCCGGGGCCGCCGGCGGAUCCGGGGCUGCAGACGAGUCUUCGGACAGCGAGGGCGAGCAGGAAGGGCCGCAGAAGCUCAUCAGGAAGGUGUCUACGUCCGGCCAGAUCCGGAGCAAGACGAGUGUGAAGGAAGGCCUGCUCCUAAAACAGACCAGUUCUUUCCAGCGCUGGAAAAAAAGAUACUUCAAACUCCGCGGCCGGACACUUUACUAUGCCAAGGACGCCAAGACGGGUGGCGUGCUGGCCCGCUGGCAGUACCGGGUCUCACGCAGCCGGGUGUGUUGGAGGGUUCUGUCCGUCUGCUGGUCCGGUGCUCGCCUCCCGCCUCCCGCUCUGGGUGCCAGCGGAUCGGAGGAAGGUUUGGUGGCGAUUCGGUCCCUUAUCUUCGACGAGGUGGACCUCUCAGAUGCCAGUGUUGCCGAAUCAAGCACAAAGAAUGUCAACAACAGUUUCACGGUAAUUACUCCGUUUCGAAGGCUCAUCCUCUGUGCGGAGAACAGAAAAGAGAUGGAGGACUGGAUCAGUUCUUUGAAAUCGGUUCAGUCUAGAGAGCAUUACGAGACGGCACAGUUUAAUGUGGAACAUUUCUCAGGGAUGCACAACUGGUAUGCCUGCUCCCAUGCUCGCCCCACCUUCUGCAACGUCUGCCGUGACAGCCUCUCAGGGGUCACUUCUCAUGGCCUCUCCUGUGAAGUGUGUAAAUUUAAAGCCCACAAAAGGUGUGCCGUCAGGGCCACUAACAACUGUAAAUGGACCACACUGGCGUCUAUUGGGAGAGACAUCAUUGAGGAUGAGGAUGGGAUUGCAAUGCCACAUCAGUGGCUAGAGGGCAACCUUCCAGUCAGUGCCAAGUGUGCUGUGUGUGACAAAACGUGCGGUAGCGUGCUGCGCUUGCAAGACUGGCGCUGUCUAUGGUGCAAAGCUAUGGUACACACAGCCUGCAUGGACCUCUACCCCCGCAAGUGUCCUCUGGGCCAGUGCAAAGUGUCCAUCAUCCCCCCCACUGCCCUCAACAGUAUUGACUCUGAUGGCUUUUGGAAAGCCACCUGUCCCCCAUCAUGUGCCAGCCCACUUCUCGUUUUUGUUAAUUCCAAAAGUGGAGACAACCAAGGAGUGAAAUUUCUGCGCCGCUUCAAACAGCUACUCAACCCUGCUCAGGUCUUUGACCUAAUCAAUGGUGGACCUCAUUUAGGGCUACGCUUAUUUCAGAAGUUUGAUAACUUCCGAAUCCUUGUAUGUGGAGGUGAUGGCAGUGUUGGCUGGGUCCUGUCUGAAAUUGAUAAACUCAAUCUUCACAAACAGUGCCAGCUGGGUGUAUUGCCUCUAGGCACGGGAAACGACCUGGCGCGUGUGCUCGGCUGGGGGCCGUCAUGUGAUGAUGAUACGCAGCUCCCUCAGAUACUGGAGAAACUGGAGCGAGCCAGCACUAAGAUGCUGGAUAGGUGGAGUAUAAUGACGUAUGAGAUUAAAAUACCUCCCAAACACAGCUGUCCUGCUACACCUGAGGAGGCAGAGGACUGCCAGUUUCAGAUAUCAGAUUAUGAGGAUUCAGUUGCUGCUCAUCUCACAAAGAUCCUCAACUCAGAUCAGCACUCUGUGGUCAUAUCCUCAGCAAAAAUCCUGUGUGAAACAGUGAAGGAUUUUGUUGCCAAAGUUGGGAAGUCCUAUGAAAAGAGCACCGAGAACACAGAGGAAGCUGAAAGCAUGGCUGUGAAAUGUGCAGUCCUGAAUGAGAAGCUGGAUUCACUCUUGCAGACUCUGAACACUGAGGCUCAGGCGAUAAGUCCUCCUUCUCUCACCACUCCCCCUAUUGUAGAAGAGGAGCUGGAGGAAGAGGAGCUGGAAGAGGAGGAUCUCAGUGAGGAGUCUCUGACAGAGCUGAAGGAGAAAAUGGAGGAGAACGUAACAGAGAAGGACUCUCCACACAAGCUUUUCAGGCCACGUGAGCAGCUCAUGCUGCGUGCAAACAGCCUGAAGAAAGCGGUCAGGCAGAUCAUCGAGCAGGCUGAGAAAAUGGUGGAUGAACAGAAUGCUCAUACAGAUGAACAGGAGCUGCAGUCUCCUACAGACAUCAAAAAGGACAUGGAGGAGGAAAACAAGGACAAUGAGAAGGAUGAGGACACUAAAGAACUGGAGAGUCUGCCCUCAGCAAAGUCACCCUGUUCACCUACCGAGAGGCGUGUGAGUCGUAGCACACAGUCCUGUGGCUCUUUCUCCAUUCCUCCCUUCACCACGAGUAAAGAGAACCUGCCUGUCCUCAACACCCGCAUCAUCUGUCCAGGUUUGCGUGCAGGUCUUGCUGCCUCCAUAGCUGGAAGCUCAAUCAUCAGCAAGAUGUUACUUGCCAACAUUGACCCAUUUGGAGCCACACCUUUCAUUGACCCUGACCCAGAUUCACUAGAGGGGUAUUUGGAGAAGUGUGUCAUGAACAAUUACUUUGGGAUCGGCUUGGAUGCCAAGAUCUCACUGGAGUUUAACAACAAGCGUGAAGAACAUCCUGAGAAAUGCAGGAGUCGCACCAAAAAUAUGAUGUGGUAUGGAGUCUUAGGCACGAAGGAGCUACUGCAAAGAACCUACAAGAACCUGGAGCAAAAAGUGCAGUUAGAGUGUGAUGGACAGUACAUCCCGCUCCCCAGUCUCCAGGGAAUUGCUGUGCUGAACAUUCCUAGCUACGCAGGAGGAACCAACUUCUGGGGCGGGACCAAAGAGGAUGAUAUAUUCUGUGCUCCAUCAUUUGAUGAUAAAAUCUUGGAGGUAGUGGCUGUGUUUGGGAGUAUGCAAAUGGCUGUGUCCAGAGUGAUCAAGCUCCAGCACCACCGUAUUGCACAGUGUCGCACAGUGAAGAUUACCAUCCUGGGAGAUGAAGGAGUGCCUAUUCAAGUGGAUGGAGAAGCCUGGAUCCAGCCUCCUGGAGUUAUUAAGAUCCAGCACAAGAAUAGAGCCCAGAUGCUUACCAGAGAUAGGGCGUUUGAGAACACGUUGAAGUCCUGGGAGGACAAGUUGAAGUAUGACAAGCCUCCACUGAGGCCACACCUGUACUCUCAGCACUCUGUAGAUUUAGCCAGUGAGGAAGAAGCCGCACUUGUCCAAAUGUGUGCACGUGCAGCAGAGGAGCUCAUCACCAGGAUCUGUGAGGCAGCCAAGACAAAUGGACUCCUGGAACAAGAGCUUGCUCAUGCUGUCAAUGCUGCAUCUCACGCCAUCAACAAAACUCACCCCAAGUUCCCUGAGAGUCUGACCAGGAAUACAGCCAUUGAGGUGACCAGCACAGUGAAGGCCCUGCACAAUGAGACUGAGUCACUUCUAGUGGGACGAGUGUCAUUGCAACUGGACCCUCCUGAUGAGGAGUUAUUGUCCAGUGCUUUGCAGUGUGUUGAGGUGGAGUUGGGCAAACUGACUGAGAUCCCGUGGCUUUACCACAUUCUCCAGCCCAAUGAUGAGGAGGAUCACUCCCUGGAAUAUGGCAAGAGAAACAGCCGAAGUGGCAUGUUCCGUAUUGUGCCAAAGUUCAAGAAAGAGAAAGCACUGAAGAAGUCAAGCCCACAGUCAGUUCAGAGGUGGGGCACUGAGGAGGUGGGCGCCUGGCUGGAGCAGCUCAGCUUGGGGGAAUACAAAGACACCUUCAUCCGGCACGACAUCCGCGGCUCUGAGCUCCUGCACCUGGAGAGGAGGGACCUGAAGGAUCUGGGGAUCUCGAAGGUGGGUCAUAUGAAGAGAAUUCUCCAGGGAACUAAAGAGCUGGCCAAGAGCGCCAUGGUGGACCUGUGAGGCCCGAGGAGUCCUUUCCUUCAGGAGAAGUGAACGUUUUACAGAGCUGCAUUGUCUGGAUGAGCUCGGUAAUGAGGGGUUUCCUCCCUGUGAUUUAGCAUAGCUUUAGAGAACCUGCGAAUGUGUUGUUUUAGUACGAGUGCUGGUGCCAAAAGAAUUGUAGUGGUCGAAUAUUUUCAGGUGGUUGUUAGAUUUACAAAAAAAGCCAUUUCUUAUUGCAUUGAUGGCACAAUCAGGUAUGCAACUCUCAUUGCAGAGGCAACUUCUGGCAUCUUAAAAAGAGUCAAGUAGCAAAACAGGACUUCCAUAAAGUGUUCACUGUGGGUGAAGCAAGGCCAUGUAAUAGCUUGCUGGCUUUUCGCCUUGUGGUGGAUGGCUACAAUAGGAUGGAGACGUGAUGUGUCAGCAAUAUUCUUCUUUCGACAGCACUGUUUACAUUUUAAGGAGACAGGAAAAUGGCUGCUGAAGAGUUGUACUCAAAUUGCAAUCAUAGCAAAUGGUUUUUCAGUGCAGAAAGAAAGUUGAAUAUGGGGUAUCCUGAAGCAGUGACAUUCUGAUGCAUGGAGAAUUUGCUUGAUUUUGGAUAUCUAUUUCACUGCAUGAUUAGUGUUGUUUUUUUAUUGUACAAAUUAACACUUGAACAAGUUUUAUAUGACUUUAGUAUGAUACCAUUUGUUACUACUGAAGCAUCCCUGUGGUCUUACUAGACUGCUGUUUCAUUUCUAUAUAUUUGUUUGCAUGAGACUUCUGUGUCAAAGAGCAGUGUCAUGUAUCAUAUUUAUUGUAAAAGUGUGCUUUAUUGUAGGACAUCUAUGAUUUAUAUUCGAUUAGGACAUUGAGUAACACAGAAAUAUCAGUUCUUUAAAGUAUCAGUAAGGAAGAAUACAUCGAAGUGACUACAAAAGUGAAUGUGCCCCAUACAUUUUCUUGAAAUCAUUUUCUUUAGUUUGCAUUAGUAUGCAAAUUUUAAAAGAACAUAAUUUUAAGUAUCAGAAUAUUAGUGUGGAAGUUCUUAAUAGAUUUAUGAAAUAAUGGAAUCACUUUUCUGCAUUUUGACUGUAGACCUAUUUGGAACAUUUAGAUAUUUUACUUGCAAUAAGAAUCUUGUGUUGGUCAUAAGAUAUUGCAGUUGAUCUGCAACUUUGCAUAAGUUUCUCAUAAUUGUCAUUCCUCAAAAUAGGGAUAAAGUAUAUGUUUGAUAAGACACCCAGAACUAAAUUGUUAAGUUGAUGGCAUUACAGGGUAUACAAGUAUAAGUGAGGUUUUUGUUGGUUAAUAUAUGCACUGUAAAUAUGUUGAAACAGUCUCUACUGUUAGUUCAAGUUGUAAGGAAAUGGUUUGUAUAGAUUAAUGCUAACAUGUUAUAUAGAGCUUACACAUUUGAUUGUGUAUAGUGCACCAUAAUACAGAUGUGAUUUAUAAUAAUGUUUAGUAAUCACCUUUAUAUGUUAAGUGCUGUUGUAUUCUAUUGAAGGUGCAAUAUUGUAUUUAUUUUGAUACAUAUUCUUCUCUAUGAAGCUUUAUGUGAUUUUUUUUCAUGGAAAACAAGAAAUCAAUUCAUGCACUCAUGUUAUUUUAGUUAUUUUAGUUUAAGGUGGGAUCGUGGAAAUGCCAUAUUCUCUCCAAAUUCAUAAAAUCUUCCUUAAGCAAGUUGUUGGUUCUCUGUAUUCAACUGUGCUUCCAGGAUUCGCUAGACAACUGGAUGUUCUAUUAGACACACUAUGGAACUAGCAGAAUUGCCUGCUGUGCCUCUUUUAUUUCAUUAUAAUGGAGAUUUUCACCCUCCACCCUCAAUCAAGUCAUGUCAUUUACAACUUUAUGUAGGUUUCGCCUGGGGUUUAUGUCUUAUCAAAAAUUUCCCUCUAGGGGGUGGCAGAGUACUGAAUGUUGGUUUAGUAAAAAAUGGUGUGGAUCCCAACAAAAUACUUAAUAAUAAUAGAAUAACAUAGUUAUUCUCAAAAUGGUUUUUAAUGAAGAUUUUAGUAUCCAUUAAAUAACUUUGCACUCUGUAUAAAGACGAAUUUGAAAGGAAAUUUGUGUGAAUUAUAUGGAAAUAAAAAUAUCCAAAUGUUCAGAUAAAAAUAAUAAUACAGCUGGAUAUUAAAUAAAAAAAAUGGCCAUACAUUUGACUGCAGAUUGGAUGGCUGGCUUCCUCUUAUGAUCUAACUCUUAAACAAACUGUACUGUUUUCCGAACCUCCAAAAUAUGAGUGUGUUAAUGUGCCUAAGAGUGUAGAAAACUGUUAGUGGACAGGAUUUAUUAGGAGAAACGGGAGGAGGCCUGGUUCGGUGUGGUUCUAAUUUUUAACCAACAUGUUAUUUGUGGAUAAUAUAAACUUUCACACUACACUCAUAGAAAAAAAGGGUUCCUCAAGGGUUCUUUAGCUUUCUAAAGGUUUUCUACUCUGAACUUUUUAAGGGGAACCCCUCUUUUGUAGGUUUCUGUGUAGAGCCUUUCCCAACAGGGUCAAACUGAAGAACUCUUUAGGGUGCUAAUGGAACCUAACAGAUUUUUUUUUCAAAGCAUGUCACAUGUAAUAAUAGUGAAUGUAGUGUUAUUUUCAUCCUUUUAAUUUCACUCUUCAUAAACAGAUAUGCAUUGCCUUGGAAAGGUGUCAAAGACUACUUACACAAUGAGGAAGUGAUUUACCCCACACAGUCAUUGCCAAUGAUGCAAAUACAGCAUGUCAUCAGCUGACUGUGCAUUUCUUUCUAGAAACUCCUACAGUGCAAUUUUAACAAUGUGCAGUGCCAUACAUGCUAACUGUUAAAAAACUAAGAUACAUGUAAUGGUUUCAUGACCUCUGGCUAUAGCACCUUCACCAAUUAGGGGAUUGAUAGCUCCUGAGUACUGAAAAAUUUGGCCUUAGAGAUUUACCAUUUCUCAACUGUAGCAGGUUAACUGACCUCAGAAUAACAGUGCCUCGUAUGUGGUUUCAUUUGCAUUCAUUUUCCCCAAGUGCAGUCUUCCUCUCAAACUGCAGUUACUUUGUCUGCACAUGUUCAUGUGUAUCUGUCUCUGAACAAGCUCUCAAGAGUGUAUCCAUGAGACUGAGUGUGUUUUUGAUGAGACUUCUGGCUCAUGUGAGCUUGGGCGUAUCUAUAGAUGGUGUACAUAAAGCUGUAUACUGCCUGAUUUUUUCAAAACCAAUUCACACGAGAAAUUUUUAGAGCAGGAUUGCUCUAGAGCAUAUCGCUGACAUGAUCUAAUUAUGAGAAGUGCGAUGUGAGUUUCAUUUGUUUACAUUGUGUUUACAAUGGCACAGUUUAAUUUGUAAAACUAUGUGUAUAGCUAUAUACAACAUUUGCAUAUUUAUUAAGGUUAAACAAAUGAUGUGUAUGUGUUUUCACCAUUGGGAUAUAAUGUUACAGUAGUCACUUGUAUUGAUAUCUGGAUGAUCUUUUGGUAAAGUAGUUGGUAAUUCUUAUGACUACUAAGUGACUGUUUUCUGUGCCUUUUUAUUGUAGGUGCAUGAUUAACUAUUUAUUACAAUAUGAAAGUCACUGAGAUGUGUAUUUUUGUAUCCUGAUUGAAUAAAUGUUUCAAUUUUGUUGUACAUUUUGAAGUGGUAAAAUGGUGCCACUUAAUAUCUUACUUCUUCAAUAAAACUGAAUGCAUACACAA